AUGACACUAAUGAUUCUACUGAGUGAAUAGCACCACCACUUGACAUAUAAAAGAUGUUAUCAAUACAUUCCAGAAGCGGAAAGCUUAAGGCUCAGUCUCCUUUUUCUUUCUUCGGCAUAGCUCACCUCUCCCUCAAACAGUUGUGGGCAGUGAAGUGACAAGCGGGAGAGAAAUGGGAGAGGAUGAUGAUGAUGAGAAGAAGAAGGGAAGAGUAUGCGUGACGGGUGGAAGUGGAUUUGUGGCUUCAUGGCUUAUCAUGAGGCUUCUUCAACAUGGCUAUUCCGUCAACACCACUGUUAGGUCCCAAUCCCACACCUCAGCCUCAGAAGCUGCAGCAGGCAGUUAUACCAUCAAGCACCAUAUCAUGAAAUUGUGGCAUUUUGGUGCAAUUGAUUCAGGCAGUAAGAAAGACAUCAGCUUCCUAAAAAGCCUGCCAGGUGCGUCAGAAAGACUACAUGUAUUCACGGCAGAUCUUGAAAAUCCAGAUAGUUUUGCAGUAGCAGUUGACGGAUGCAUAGGAGUGUUCCAUGUCGCUCACCCGAUCGACUUCCAGAACAAGGAAACUGUAGAAACGAUCACCAACAAAUCCAUUGGUGCAACUUUAGGCAUCCUCAAGGCAUGCCUUAAAACGAAGACUGUGAAGCGGGUUGUGUACACGUCUAGUGCAUCGACAGUGAUGUUCAACGACAAGGCUGCUGGAGCAGUGCUUGAUGAGGGCUCGUGGAGUGAUGUAGAUUACAUAAAAAAUGGGAAGCAUUUUGGAACUUCUUACUUUAUUUCCAAGACACUGACUGAAAGGGCAGCUCUUGAAUUUGCAGAAAAGCAUUCGUUGGAUCUUGUCUCGGUGAUCCCGACUUGGAUUCAUGGCCCCUUCAUUUGCACUAGCUGCCCUGGCUCAGUCAAAUCAUCACUGGCUAUGCUCAUCGGAAACGAGGGACAAAUUCAAUAUUGUGAAAAUACCCCUUUUGUGCACACAGAUGAUGUUGCAAGUGCACACAUAUUCCUUUUCGAGUAUCCAGAAGCUAAAGGGAGGUACAUUUGUUCCGCUGUUGAAAUUACAGUAGAUAAGUUACAUGAGUUUCUUUCCGCUCGAUAUCCUGAGUUCAAAGUAUUGAGUGCAGACUUUUUAAUUGAUGAAGGAGUUAAAUUCACUAGCCUAUCAUCAAAGAAACUGUUGGACACUGGUUUUAGGUAUAAAUAUGGACUAGAGGAAAUGUUUGAUGAAGCAAUUGAAUGUUGCAGACAGAAAGGUUUUAUUUGAUUAUGUUGUUUCUUUGUGUCUCAAGAAUUUGGAUCUCCCUAAAUUACUUCUCUAAUAUACACUCAGUUUCAGAUAUUAUGUUCGUUGUCCGAACCCAUACCGAAGUUAGUACUUUGAUAAUUUUCAUCCUUUUGACACAAAAGUUAUCA